AUGUUUGUGAUUUCUUUUGCAUAGGAAUAUUCCAGACAUUUAGAAUCGCGUUUCGCCGCGAUACGUAUACGCAUGUGCAAACAUUUCUAUAGUUGUGUUCGUUGUUUAAAGGUUGUGGGAAUAUAGUUGAGUAAAGUAGCGAAUGAAUGUUGUUGUUCCGCAAUGCAGUUGAUCUUAUGAUUUGCGUAUGCUUACGAUUUUUAUAACGUUUGCACGCAUUCACGAAACAAAUAUAAAAUCACGCGGACUAUUAAUUAAAAACUAUUGGUUGAUGUCAAUCUUAUAUAUAAUUGUUUGGUCUAUCGUGGUCUGUGUGAGAGAAAAACAAACAGUUCUCCACGAUCUUUCUCGAACAAUGCAUCGCAUAUUAUAGAACGAGUGUCACAGAUAAAUAUAUUAUUACUCAGUCUAACAUUUGAGAUUUUUUUUGUUCGAUUUAGCGAGCAUUUGCAUAUCGUUAUACUUUACAUUCUUUAAUGAGCUACCACAAGUAGGUAAUAGAGGUUAGCGUCUCGCAAAUAGUUCAAGGAUUCGUAUCGUGCGACGAAGUGUUUUGAAACGUAUUUGUUAUACAUCUUUUUUUCCAAGACUUGUGCCAAAAUCGUAUGUUACACAACACAAAUAUUUUUGUGAAAUUCUUCAAAGACAUUACUUAUCACACCGCACAUUUGAAGAUUCAAGUAUAUUGUUUCAAGUUUUGGUGAUUCCAAAUGACACACUAUCUACGCAGUAUCAAAUCUAUUCUCCUACUCCGGUUCAGAAUGCAAUGGGAGGAGCAAAUCUUCAUACCCCUCCAUCCAUAUUUCAACAUAUGAUGGGUCAACAAAGUACUUCACAACAACCAGGAACAUGGAUGCAAAUGCCACAAGUACCUCCAAUGUCAAUACCAUGGAGUGUGCCAUCUCUCCAACAACCAGAAUUAGUAAGAUUUACUGGUGGACCAAGUUUUGAACCAGUUCCUCAUCAAAAGAGAAAACUUGAAACUUGUGAUCUGUUAGAUAUGAGGCAAACAAAACAGUUUAUAACAGAAGAAAAAAUGGCUGCACAUUUCAAAGAUUUGCAUAUUAGUUCCAAUUAUCAACAACAUUCGCCUGUACCAUCAACUUCAACAGCUGAUACACAACCAGUUCCUUCUAGAGAAUUGAAUAUGGAGUUAGAAAUAGAUGCAGCUAAUACAGAUCAAUUAAAAUCUGGACCCAGAUUGAUUCUUUCAGAAGAAUUGAAAAGACUCAAGAAAGAACCUAUUUUACCAAAUUCUUUAUUAUCCAAAUUGGAGAGGCCCUCCAUGGCUUUAGUUCUAUGGGAACCUCCGAAUAAACAUCUUCGUAUAUUACCGACUAGGGAUACACCCACUCCAAUUCCUAAUAUUUCUGAUGAUAAUAAUAACAACAACAACAAUAACAACAAUAAUAACAAUAAUAAUAACGAAGCUAUUUCCGAUUUAAAUCAAACUUUAUCGAAUAAUUCGUCAGGUUUCGAACCAAUGGAAUUAUGAAGGUAAUUUAUUAAUUAAAAAAUUGUUUUUACAUUCUCAUAUAUCGUUAGAGAAGAAAGAAUGCGAUAUUAUAUUUUAAUGUGUAUGUAAAUUAAAAAAAAAAAGUUUAUAUCUUAUAUUUUUUAUCUGAUACUAACAUGCUUACACAAGGUUGAGUAAAGUAAAUGGAUGGCAAUUCUUUUUAUUAAGUGAAAGUAAGUAAGUAAAUUAUAUUCAUUCUAUAAGUUAAUGAAUUAAGUUAUAUUAUUAUUUUACUUAUCAAUUACAAGAAUAUAAAAUUGUAAACAAAAUAACAUCAGCAAGUUCCUUUUGUAUAUUACGUAUGAUUUAUUUGCGUAAAUUUAUUGAAGAAAAAUGAAUAAAUAAGAAAAAAAAAAUUUCUUCAAUAAAUAUACAUUUAUGAGUUUAUUAGAAACUCAGUAUUAUUAUAAUUAUUAUUAAUUCUCGAAUCACCGAUUAAAAAAUAGCCGAUCUUGAUCAUUUUUGAUCCAUCUGACUUGUAGAUAUUAAAUAUCAUUUACAUCAUCGAAAACAUGAAUCAAAAAUGACUCGGUUUCUGAAUGAGAGUUAAUAUAGUAUAUUAUAAUUGUACCUUUAUUAUUAAUAAUGUUUCAUUUCAUUUUAUUAUAAUAGAAAUUAAAAUACGAUGAUGAUUAC